GUAUCCCUCCGCCUCCAUUGAGGUCUACGUCUCUUUCCGGUGCGUUUCUCCAUCGGACGGGUUCCGCCGCCAUUGCAGGUUUCUAGAGUUCAUCUCAGCGGCGGUUGACAUUCUGGGGUUGAAACGCCUCAUUUACAUUCAGCUGGCGACUAGAGUAACCUAACACAUUCCCAGUUCAUCUGCCCCCCCAAAAACACAAGACGACCUCCAUUCAUUCCCGGCUCUGGAGUUGUUUAGAUUAGGCAGAAAUAACUGCAAGAAUUAGAGAGGAAAGCGAAGAGGAACCACCAUCAUCAUGGCUCAAAUCCUGCCCAUCAGAUUCCAGGAGCACCUGCAGCUCCAAAAUUUGGGGAUCAACCCAGCCAACAUCGGGUUCAGCACCCUGACGAUGGAGUCUGAUAAGUUCAUCUGUAUCCGGGAGAAGGUCGGAGAACAGGCACAGGUGGUGAUCAUCGACAUGGCGGACCCAAACACCCCCAUCCGCAGGCCCAUCUCUGCAGAUAGCGCCAUAAUGAACCCUGCGAGCAAAGUCAUUGCACUUAAAGACGCUGCCAAAACCCUUCAGAUCUUUAACAUCGAGAUGAAGAGUAAGAUGAAAGCCCACACCAUGACUGAUGAUGUCACUUUCUGGAAGUGGAUCUCUCUUAACACCAUUGCCCUGGUGACCGAUAACGCUGUCUAUCAUUGGAGCAUGGAGGGAGACUCUCAGCCGGUCAAAGUGUUCGACAGACAUUCCAGCCUGGCGGGCUGUCAAAUCAUUAACUACCGCACCGAUGCCAAGCAGAAGUGGUUGCUGCUCAUUGGCAUUUCUGCUCAGCAAAACCGAGUUGUUGGUGCCAUGCAGCUAUACUCAGUUGAAAGGAAGGUGUCACAGCCUAUCGAGGGUCAUGCCGCUGGCUUUGGACAGUUCAAAAUGGAGGGAAAUGCAGAAGAAUCCACUCUCUUCUGUUUUGCUGUGCGAGGUCAGGCAGGAGGAAAGCUUCACAUUAUUGAAGUGGGGACACCACCAACCGGCAACCAGCCAUUCCCAAAGAAAGCUGUGGACGUGUUCUUCCCUCCAGAAGCACAGAAUGACUUCCCCGUUGCCAUGCAGAUCAGCUCCAAACAGGACGUCGUAUUUCUCAUCACUAAAUACGGUUACAUUCAUCUGUAUGACCUGGAGACGGGCACCUGCAUCUACAUGAACAGAAUCAGCGGAGAGACCAUUUUUGUGACGGCACCCCAUGAAGCCACAUCUGGAAUCAUCGGCGUGAACAGGAAAGGACAGGUGUUGUCAGUGUGUGUUGAGGAGGAGAACAUCAUCCAGUACAUCACCAAUGUGCUGCAGAAUCCAGACCUGGCUUUACGGAUGGCGGUCCGAAAUAAUCUGGCAGGAGCCGAGGAGCUGUUUGGCCGCAAGUUUAACAACCUCUUUGCCGCAGGAAACUACUCUGAGGCAGCUAAAGUGGCCGCUAAUGCUCCAAAGGGUAUCCUGCGCACUCCUGACACCAUCCGUCGGUUCCAGGGCGUCCCGGCUCAGCCCGGCCAGACAUCCCCACUCCUGCAGUAUUUCGGGAUCCUGCUGGACCAGGGCCAGCUCAACAAGUUUGAGUCUCUGGAGCUGUGCAGACCAGUCCUUCAGCAGGGCCGCAAACAGCUUCUGGAGAAAUGGCUGAAGGAGGACAAGCUUGAGUGCUCAGAGGAGUUGGGCGACUUGGUGAAGUCUGUGGACCCCACUCUUGCUCUUAGUGUCUACCUGAGGGCCAACGUACCCAACAAAGUCAUUCAGUGUUUUGCAGAAACCGGCCAGUUCCCCAAGAUUGUCCUGUAUGCCAAAAAGGUGGGCUACACCCCAGACUGGAUCUUUCUGCUGAGGAACGUGAUGCGGAUCAGUCCGGAUCAGGGUCUGCAGUUUGCUCAGAUGCUCGUUCAGGAUGAGGAACCGCUGGCUGACAUCACACAGAUCGUUGAUGUGUUUAUGGAGUAUAACCUGGUCCAGCAGUGCACGUCCUUCCUUUUGGAUGCUUUAAAAAACAACCGCCCAUCAGAAGCUCCAUUGCAGACCCGUCUGCUGGAAAUGAACCUGAUGCAUGCACCACAGGUUGCAGAUGCCAUCCUAGGAAAUCAGAUGUUCACUAACUACGAUCGUGCCCACAUUGCCCAGCUGUGUGAGAAGGCAGGGCUUCUGCAGAGAGCUUUAGAGCACUAUACUGACCUGUACGACAUCAAACGAGCUGUCGUACACACACACCUGCUCAACCCGGAGUGGCUGGUGAACUUUUUUGGCGCUCUGUCAGUGGAGGACUCUCUGGAGUGUCUAAGAGCCAUGCUGUCCGCUAACAUCAGGCAGAACCUUCAGAUCUGUGUCCAGGUGGCCUCCAAGUAUCAUGAGCAGCUAUCUACCCAGGCGCUCACUGAGCUUUUCGAGUCUUUCAAGAGUUUUGAGGGUCUGUUCUACUUCCUUGGCUCGAUUGUGAACUUCAGCCAGGACUCAGAGGUGCAUUUCAAAUACAUCCAGGCCGCAUGCAAGACGGGCCAAAUCAAAGAGGUGGAGCGGAUCUGUCGGGAAAGCAACUGCUAUGACCCUGAACAUGUCAAGAACUUUCUCAAGGACUUGUAUCAGGAAGCUAAACUCACGGACCAGCUGCCUCUCAUUAUUGUGUGUGAUCGCUUUGACUUCGUCCAUGAUCUUGUACUCUAUCUGUACCGAAACAACCUGCAGAAGUACAUCGAAAUCUACGUGCAAAAGGUGAACCCAAGCCGUUUGCCUGUGGUAAUUGGAGGGCUCCUGGAUGUUGACUGCUCCGAGGACGUCAUCAAAAACUUGAUCCUGGUUGUGCGGGGCCAGUUUUCCACCGAUGAGCUGGUGGCAGAAGUGGAGAAGAGAAACAGACUAAAGCUGUUGUUGCCAUGGCUAGAGUCUCGUAUCCACGAGGGCUGUGAGGAGCCAGCUACCCAUAAUGCCUUGGCCAAGAUCUACAUUGACAGCAACAACCACCCAGAACGCUUCCUGCGGGAAAACCCAUACUACGACAGCCGUGUGGUGGGGAAAUACUGCGAGAAAAGAGACCCUCACCUGGCCUGUGUGACCUAUGAGAGAGGACAGUGUGACCAGGAGCUCAUCAAUGUGUGCAAUGAGAACUCGCUGUUCAAGAGUUUGUCCCGUUACCUGGUGCGCCGCAGAGACCCAGAGCUUUGGGCCAGCGUGCUUUUAGAGACCAACCCCUACAGGAGGCCCCUUAUUGACCAGGUGGUGCAGACAGCCCUGUCAGAGACUCAGGACCCAGAGGAGGUGUCCGUCACAGUGAAGGCCUUCAUGACUGCUGACCUGCCCAAUGAACUCAUUGAGCUGCUGGAAAAGAUCGUCCUGGACAACUCGGUCUUUAGCGAACACAGAAACCUACAGAACCUGCUCAUCCUAACAGCCAUCAAAGCAGACCGCACCCGCGUCAUGGAAUACAUCAACCGCCUGGACAACUAUGAUGCCCCAGACAUCGCCAACAUCGCCAUUAGCAGCGAGCUGUUCGAGGAGGCCUUUGCUAUCUUCAGGAAGUUUGACGUCAACACCUCUGCAGUGCAGGUUCUGAUUGAGCACAUCGGUAAUCUGGACCGGGCGUAUGAGUUUGCGGAGCGCUGUAAUGAACCUGCAGUGUGGAGCCAGCUGGCUAAGGCUCAGCUGCAAAAGGGUCUCGUCAAAGAGUCCAUUGACUCCUACAUCAAGGCAGAUGACCCCUCUGCCUACAUGGAGGUGGUUCAGGUCGCUUCCCAGAGUGGCAACUGGGAGGACCUGGUGAAGUUUCUGCAGAUGGCCAGAAAGAAGGCCAGAGAGUCAUACGUGGAGACCGAGCUGAUCUUCGCACUGGCCAAAACCAACCGUCUCGCUGAACUGGAGGAGUUUAUAAAUGGACCAAAUAAUGCACACAUCCAGCAGGUUGGAGAUCGCUGCUAUGAUGAGAAGAUGUACGAGGCGGCCAAACUUCUAUACAAUAACGUCUCCAACUUUGGCCGCUUGGCUUCUACCCUGGUCCACUUGGGCGAGUAUCAAGCGGCUGUGGACGGUGCCCGCAAGGCUAACAGCACUCGCACAUGGAAGGAGGUGUGCUUUGCUUGUGUGGAUGGAAAUGAGUUCAGAUUGGCUCAGAUAUGUGGCCUUCACAUCGUGGUUCAUGCCGAUGAGCUAGAAGAGCUCAUCAACUAUUACCAGGACCGUAGCUACUUCGAGGAGCUGAUCACCAUGCUGGAGGCGGCGCUGGGGUUGGAGCGCGCUCACAUGGGCAUGUUCACAGAGCUGGCCAUCCUCUACUCUAAAUUCAAACCACAGAAGAUGAGGGAACACCUGGAACUCUUCUGGUCCAGAGUCAACAUCCCAAAGGUCCUGAGGGCUGCAGAGCAGGCUCACCUGUGGGCAGAUGGAUAGAUGGAUAGA